AUGUCCCGGGAAGCAGCGGAGUCCCGGCAGCGGCUCCUGGAGGAUCAGCUCGCCGGGCUGCAGGAGGAGCUCCGCAGGGUCUCUGAGCUCAGCCCUGCUUCAGACGCCAUUCAGACGGAUUUGCUGAGUCUUCAGGCAGAUCUGGCGGAGGCUGCGGUUCUGCGCCAGCGUCAGGACGAGACGCUCAGACAGAGAGAGCGUGAGCUGACUGCCCUGAAGGGGGCGCUGAAGGAGGAGGUGGAGUGUCACGACCGCGAGAUGGAGACGCUGAGGGAGCAGUACAGUGUGGACAUGGAGAACCUGCGCAGGACCAUGGAGCAGGUCACACAGUCCCAGGAGGAGAUCGAGGAGCAGCGGGAGCAGGUGAACGCCUCGGUGCUGACGCUGGAGGAGGAGCUGGAGAGGAGCCGGGUCCAAGGAGACGAGUGGAAAACCCGACUGGAGUCCAGCGCCCGAGAGCUCAGCAGCACCAGAGAGCAACUGGAGAAAACCUCUGUGGAAAAGGAGGGGCUUGAGAAGGAAGUCCAGAGUCUCAAAGAGUCCAUGAAGACCCAGGGCCCUGCCUCAGAUCUCAGUGGUUUGGCCCAGGACCUGAAGAGGGCUCGGGCUGAUCUGGAGAAACAAAAGGGCGAAAUGAGCGAGAAAACCGAGGCCCUUCUGACGCUGAGGAAAAGCAGCAGCGCCAAAGAGUCCGAGCUCCAGGACCAUAUCAGGAAGUUGAAAGAGCAGCAAAAACACAGAGACGAAGUGGACAGAGUCAAAGAGUCGUCGGUCGGUGUUGGAAAAACGGCGGCGGACUCUGGCUCCAACGCUGAGCUGCAGGAAGCUAACAUCCGUCUGCGGGAGCGCCUGGCCCGACUGACCAGACUGCACUCAACCCCCCGCGGAGCCGAGGUGGAGGAGGCCGUGGAGGCUCUGGAGGAUGAGAACCGAGCGCUGCGGUCUCAGAUGGAGGAGUCCAAACGAGCCACGGCACGACUCUGCAAAGAGCGCGACGAGCUGAACCGGCGCCUGGAGGAGAGGGAGCAGGAGCGGGACGUCCUAAGGAGAGGCAAGACCGACCUGGAGGAGCAGAAGAGGCUGCUGGACCGAGCGCUGGACAAGAUCAACAAAGAGAUGGAGUUGAUGAUGGGCGACUCGCGGCAGUCUGUGGCCACACUACAGUCUCAGUUGGAGGAGUACAGGGAGCGUUCACGUAAAGACCUGCAGGAGGCGCAGAGGAGCAGCAAAGAGCGACUGUCCGAGCUGCAGCGAGCCCAGGGGAACCUCAAGACGCAGCAGGAGGAGGUUUCUCGUCUGAAGAAGGAGCUGUUGACCUGCAGCGAGGAGAGAGACGGCGCUCAGCUCGAGAGGGACCUCCUCAACAACCGCCUCAAACAUUUAGAAAGUGAACUGGACUCGGAGAAGAGCUCCCAGACCGACCGCUCCAGGGAGAUCCGCGGCCUCGAGCUAAAGUGGUCCUCGCGGGAUCGCUUCAAGCAGUGGCGCAUGAUGAGACGCUGGCUGAUGGGACAAAUAGUAAUAGUGGGUGAUUGGAAAUCUCUCGGAACAAGACGCGACUCGGACCCCUGCCACGGCUGCUUCUGGAAGGGUCUGAUUGAAGUGCGUGUUCGGGACUCAUCGGGUAUUCACAAAGUCGCCUCCACUUCGCCCACCAGUUUGCGUCGCGCUGUCUUACGAGGGAGCGAGCGGCUUAUGUCCUCCCCAUCGCUGGAGGCGCUGCGCUGGACCAUCUUCUCCAUGCAGGCCACAGGACACCUCCUGCUGGGCUCCUCCUGCUACAUCGAGGCGCUGCUGGAGGCGGAGGACAAAGGGAAGCUGGGUUUGAUUCUGCCGUCGGAAAAUAAGAUCAAACAGCUCCAGGGCUUUCUGCUGCGACGGCCUUUCUCCUGA